AUGACGAAUCAGAAGGACAACUAUACCGCCAUCAUGGCAGCCAAGCGAGGGACGAACGGCAAUCUCAUCCCAUGGCGCGACCGCCAAACACCAUCUCCGCCACCUGGGCCCACGGCGCCGCUAUCUUCACCGGUAGAGCUGACGGUACAAUACUAUGGCGCUUCCUGA